GGGGCGGGAGGCAGGGAGAGAGAGAGGAGGAGGAAAGGGGAGGAGGAGGAGCUGCGGCUGACCCCGGCGGAGCUUUCAGUACCUUGGAGAACGGCUGCGAGCGCGCCGGGCGAGGAGGAGCCGCCACCGCUGCUCUCCGCUGCUCGCUCACCUGCUCCGCUCUGCUCAUCACCCGCCCCUCCCUGUUCCGCCCCGCGUUUCCCCGGCGCCGGAGGGAGCCCAAUCCCACCGGAGCGGCUCCGGGGGGAGAGCACGGCAGCGGUACAGGCUCGGUGAUCGGGACGGGCGGGGGGGUCCGUCAGUGCAGGGACGGGCGGUCUGGCUUAGGGGGUCGCUCACUGCCGUCGCUCCUCACGGAGCGGCGGCCAGGACGGCGAGGAGAGCGAGCGGGCUCACACCUCGCAUCUCGCAUCCUGCCGUGGAGCCAGAGGGAAAAGAGAGGAGCACCCAGCGCAGCAGCGGCUGCCGGCAUUUGCUGGGGUCGGCCGGGAACCAGAAACAGGAGUCGCACCAGCGGCUGGGAACGGGGAAUCUGCUCCUCAGAAACCUCGGGGGCACAGAUACCCCUGGCUCAAAGGGGUUUUGAGGGGAAGGGAAAAUAGAAUUUGGUAAUUUUAGUGAAAUAAUCAAUUGCCGAAGGCAGGUCUUAGGCAAAUAAGGUAGAGGCAUGGAUCCCACUGUUUUGGAUGCCGGCUUGAAUUUUUUAUUUACUUUACUGUUUUGACCACUGCUAAAUGUGGAUUUUGUGAGCGAACCCGAUGGCGGUUGUUCCAUUGUUUCUUGUUUGAACGUAAAUCUUAGUCCUGCUGCUUGUGGAUUUUUCAUUUAUUUAUUUAUUUUAUUUUGGAAAGGACCUUUCCAGGUAGUUUUUGCGUCUGACAAAAUGAAGCCUUUGUACUUUUCAAUCAAUUAUACCUAAUAUUGACAUUCUGUGUGGUACAAGAGACUUAAAGUGCUGCCUCACUCAGAGGACCAUUAAGACUUUCUCGGUCGCUACAUGUAGCUGAAUGUGUUACGACACAUCCUUUUUCCCCUCCGAAUCUUCCGAAAGAUUUUUCCAAAAUGAAGAAAUUUAAUUUUCGCAAAGUUUUGGAUGGUUUAACUGCCGCAUCCCCUGUUGGAAGCAGUGGCGGUGGCAGUGGAAGUGGGGCUGGUGGUGGCUCUGUGCACCCAGGAGGGACUGCGGGAGCUGCAGGGACACCCAGAGAGGAGAUCCAGGAGACGCUCACUUCAGAUUAUUUUCAGAUCUGUAAGACCGUUCGCCAUGGUUUUCCUUACCUACCCACUGCCUUAGCUUUUGACCCAGUUCAGAAAAUUCUGGCAAUUGGAACAAGAACAGGAGCCAUACGAAUAUUGGGCAGGCCUGGUGUUGAUUGCUACUGCCAACAUGAAAGUGGUGCUGCAGUUCUGCAGCUCCAGUUCUUAAUCAAUGAGGGUGCUUUGGUCAGUGCAUGUGCAGAUGAUGCACUUCAUUUGUGGAACCUCCGACAGAAACGACCAGCUAUUCUACAUUCUCUGAAAUUUAACAGAGAAAGGAUUACUUACUGCCAUCUACCUUUCCAGAGUAAAUGGCUUUAUGUUGGAACAGAGAGAGGAAAUACACACAUUGUAAAUAUUGAGUCCUUCAUUCUUUCUGGAUAUGUUAUCAUGUGGAACAAGGCAAUAGAACUAUCCACCAAGACGCAUCCUGGCCCAGUUGUACAUUUAAGCGACAGCCCAAGAGAUGAGGGAAAACUGUUGAUAGGCUAUGAAAAUGGGACUAUCGUGUUCUGGGACUUGCGAUCUAAAAGAGCCGAUCUGAGAGCUUAUUAUGAUGAGGCUAUUCAUUCUGUUGCUUGGCAUCAUGAAGGGAAACAGUUCAUGUGUAGUCACUCUGAUGGCAGCUUGACCCUAUGGAAUCUGAAAAGCCCUAACAGGCCAUUCCAGACCACAAUUCCACACGGAAAAGUUCAAAGAGAUGGAAAAAAACCUGAAUCUUGUAAACCAAUUCUUAAAGUAGAGUACAAGACCUGUAAAAACAGUGAACCAUUUGUGAUAUUUUCUGGUGGACUGUCAUAUGAUAAGCCUUGUCGAAGACCAAGUUUAACAAUCAUGCAUGGGAAAGCAAUUACAGUUCUUGAAAUGGAUCAUCCUAUAGUUGAUUUUUUAACUCUUUGCGAAACCCCAUAUCCAAAUGAAUUUCAAGAACCCUAUGCUGUAGUUGUGCUUUUGGAAAAAGAUCUCAUUGUCGUUGACCUGACACAAAGCAAUUUUCCAAUCUUUGAAAACCCAUAUCCUAUUGACAUUCAUGAGUCACCUGUUACCUGCACAGAAUAUUUUGCGGACUGUCCUCCAGAUUUGAUCCCUGUACUCUAUUCUGUAGGAGCAAAACAUAAAAAGCAAGGAUACAGCAAUAAGGAGUGGCCUAUCAAUGGUGGAGCAUGGAACCUUGGAGCUCAGACAUAUCCUGAAAUCAUUAUUACAGGCCAUGCAGAUGGAUCAGUAAAAUUUUGGGAUGCUUCUGCCAUUACUCUACAGAUGUUGUACAAACUGAAAACAUCAAAGGUCUUUGAAAAACAGAAAGUGGGAGAAGCAAAAGCAACAGCUGAGAUUGUGGAAGAAGAUCCUUUUGCUGUUCAGAUGAUGUACUGGUGUCCUGAAAGUCGAAUUUUCUGUGUGGCAGGAGUUUCUGCAUAUGUGAUUGUUUACAGGUUCAGCAAACACGAAGUAAAUACUGAAAUUGCAUCAUUAGAGGUACGACUUCAAUGUGAAGUAGAAGACAUCAUUACUCCUGAACCAGAAACAAAUCCUCCAUUUACAGAUACCUCCUCCCAGCUACCUUCUUUAAAGAGCCUUUCAGGCAGUACAAAUACUGUAGCAUGUGAAGGAACAAUGAAGGACAGUAUCCCAUGUCUUAGUGUUAAGGCUCGACCUGUGCGGAUGCCUCCUGGCUACCAGGCAGAUCUCAUUAUCCAGUUGGUGUGGGUGGAUGGUGAGCCUCCACAACAGAUUACCAGUCUUGCUGUAAACUCUGCUUAUGGACUAGUGGCUUUUGGGAACUGCAAUGGUUUGGCUGUUGUGGAUUUCAUGCAGAAGACAGUCCUGCUAAGCAUGGGCACCCUCGACCUCUAUGGAUCCAGUGAUCCAUACCAGCGCCAGCCCCGCUCACCUCGCAAGAGCAGGCAGUUUGCUGCAGACAACUUUUGCAUGCGUGGCCUGUCUAACUUUUAUCCAGAUUUAACGAAACGGAUCCGUACUUCCUAUCAGAGCCUGACUGAACUCAAUGACAGUGCAGUUUCCCUGGAGCUUGAGCGUUGCAAGUCCCCCACUUCAGAUCACGUGAAUGGUCACUGUACAAGCCCAACAUCCCAGAGCUGCAGUUCAGGCAAACGAUUUUCCAGUGCAGAUGUGUCGAGAGCAAACCGCCGAGGGCCUGGCAGGCCCCCCUUCAGGAAAGCCCAGUCUGCAGCCUGCAUGGAGAUUUCUCUCCCAGUCACCACAGAAGAAAAUAGGGAAAACUCCUUCAGCCGUUCCCGAAGCUCCAGUGUGUCCAGUAUCGACAGGGACUCAAAGGAGGCAAUCACAGCUUUGUACUUCAUGGAGUCCUUUGCCCGGAAGAACGACUCUGCUGUUUCCUCCUGUCUCUGGGUCGGAACAGGCCUAGGAAUGGUCAUAAUCCUAUCCCUUAAUCUGCCGGCUAGUGACGAUUUACGGCAGUCAGAUCCAGUCAUGGUGUCACCAAGUGGCACCGUCCUGACACUGAAGGGAGCUGUGCUGACCUUCGCGUGCUUGGACUGCAUGGGGACACUGACACAUCGGCCCUAUGAAGUAUGGAGGGAUCCCCACGGUGCUGAUGACGGUGACAAAACAAGGAAAAGGAAACUAGUCAUGCAUUCCCCUUCCUCCUCCCAGGAUAUGGGUGAUCAUCAAUUUGCAGUCAUUUGUUCAGAAAAACAAGCCAAAAUCUUCUCAUUGCCUUCCCAAACAUGUCUUUAUGUCCACAACAUCACCGAAACGUCUUUUUUAUUGAGAGCAGAUGUGGUCACCCUCUGUAACAGCAUCUGUCUGGCGUGCUUUUGUGCUAAUGGGCACAUCAUGACACUGAGCUUGCCCAGCCUUCGCCCGCUGCUGGACAUUAACUAUUUGCCAGUCACAGACAUGAGGAUAGCACGGACCUUCUGUUUCACUAAUGAAGGGCAGGCUUUGUACCUGAGCUCUCCCACAGAGAUCCAGCGCCUGACAUACAGCCAGGAGAUGUGUGACAACCUGCAGGACAUGCUUGGAGAUUUGUUUACUCCUGUGGAAACACCAGAAGCCCAAAACAGAGGCUUUCUCAAAGGACUUUUUGGAGGAAGCGGACAAGCUUUUGACAGAGAGGAGCUAUUUGGCGAGGCCACAGCAGGAAAAGCCUCUCGCAGCCUUGCCCAGCACAUCCCAGGAUCCGGUGGGAUUGAAGGUGUGAGAGGAGCUGCAGGUGGGGUCAUUGGGGACCUGACUCGUGCACGCAUUGCCCUAGACGAGAGGGGACAGAAGCUGGGCGAGCUGGAUGAAAGGACUGCCAGCAUGAUGGCCAGUGCAGAGGCAUUUUCCAAACAUGCACAUGAGGUGAUGCUCAAAUACAAGGACAAAAAGUGGUACCAGUUUUAGACUUUCAAAGAAGCUGCUUGUGGCUUCAUUGAGAACACUUUUCAGAGAAGCAACCUUUAUUCCCAAAUCUAUCAGCCACUGGCCAGAGACAGUUUUAUCUCCUAGAAAGUGUUUUCCUGUUACUAUUCAUCACAGUGGACAUCAAGGAGAAAUUUUACACUGUGGAACAGAAGCUGGAAUCAUGAGGGUCUUUCCAACAGCUGACUCAUGGAAUGGCCAAUUUUUUCUCAAAAGGAACUCAACCAUCACUGUGGCAUGUAGUUUUCAGAAGCUGUAGGUAUGAACUGUGGGCAGUACAUCUGGUUAAUAAUAUGCUGUACAAACUCUAAUGUAAUGCACUUAAUACAAGUUUGCAUGACUAACUGCCUAAAAAAAAAAAAAAAAAAAAAAAAAGGAAGCAUGUUGUGAUGUUGUGACCGAAGAAAAAUGGGAUUUAUUUCUAUUCUGAGAAAAAAAAGAAAAAAGAGAAAACACUUUAAAUGACAAAAAAAUCUUUAUUUUUUAAAAGUGACAUUAUAAAAAGCCAGUACAUUUCAAGCAUGUUUGCUACUGUUCUCCACAUAAAAAUUAGUUGAGCUGCAUUUUAUUAUCUGCUAUUUAUUUCUCUUGAAAAGCCUUGCUCCAAACCUGUGCUUUUAAACUCCUACCAGAAAAGUAAAUAAAUUUAAAAUUCUAUCCCCAAAAUUUAACAAUUUUGGACAGGCACUGUCUAAAAAGGUCAUUAAGAUGUAUAUAGAUGGUUUAUUUGCAAUUCAGAGCACAUGACACAUCAUCCUAAUCUAUACUUUUUAAAAUGUGCUCUAGAUUCAUCUGUUGUCCUUGAAGGGGGGCCAUGGCACUUUUCAUUCCCAUGAAGUCUGAAUCACUUGGUUGCCUUAUUUCCCAGUAGCAGGAAUAGCAAUCCAGCUUUGGAAAGCAUUUCUUCAAGUUAGGAACGGCAAGAUGGGAAACCACAGUCCCAUCAAGCACAGCUCACAGAGGCUGCUUAGCAGCCUGCAGAGCAGCUUAAGCACUCAGCUGAAAUUAUGAGAGGGGACCUGCAUAGAAAACCCCCCAAAGCAUGUGUGAGAGAGAGAUGAGGGCAGGAACAUUACACACUGGGCCAGGGAGGAGCAUGGAAAACCAUUACUAACAUAGAUAUAGAACACAGAUAAAGUGACACCAUGGGUGAGUGGCAAUUUAAACUCUGCUCACACUAAAAGUAAUUUGCUUCUGCUUCAAAGUGGCUUGUUUGAUUUUUGCAGUGAAUGCUGCAGAAAACUCUGCAACCUGCAGCCACAGAAGAGAACAGUAUACUGGAUUUAUUGCCUAUCCUGCUGGAAUGCUCCACCCUAUCCUACAAGACUCACUGCCACACAGGUCAACUCUUAGGUUAGAAAUUUUUCCAAGAUUGGCUUGGAAACAAGGCACUGAAGGCUUCUUUUCAUGUGUCUGGACAUAGUUUCAAAUUAGAAAAAAUAAAGUGAGGAGAAGUUGGGAAAACAGCCUUUAAAAUUUUACUAUUAAAGAAGUGUUAACAUCUUCUGUCCUUUAAAGGAAUCCUGAUGGACACUGAUGCAGACAGGCAUCAUCCCACUCCCACCUAGACCUUAACUUCACUGGUGUUUGUAUCAUCACAGUGUUCAGAUGAUCCCUCUCAAAGAUGUUUUCCAUUUCCUUCCUUUACCUACAAUAAAAUACAGCCCAGGAAGUUGUACCAUCCACAAGUCUGGCCUCACAGUUGGCCCACUACACAAGUUAAAGGGUUGGAAGAGAUCUGAGGUGUCAAGUUUUAAAUUCCCAUUGUAGCAGAACAAAAUUUCAUGAUUUACAGGAUUUUUACAUUUUGCUGUAGGCCAAAUCAAAAUGAUGGCCCUGACAGUUCUAGCUCAACUGAGAAUGUGACUCCAGAAAUUCCUCUAGCACAGGAUAAACUGUUCUAUGUUGUCAGAACUGUAGAAACUUGGAGAAGGAAAGGGUCAAAGCCUGAGCAAUGCCUGGGUUUCUGCUGACAGCUAAGGAAUUGGAGUUGUCCAUGACCCAAGAGGAUUUCUCUGUGUGUGUAAGGCUAUGCCAAACUUGCCACUCUGAUGCCAAUAGGAACUGGGUUGGGGGAAUUCCUUCCAGGGUCUGGGUCACAGAAAUAACCUCUUGUGCUUGUGAGGAAGCACUGCUCUAACCAGGCAUCAAGAAUGAGAAAUAAGGAAGAACAUGACAGCAAUUUGAUCUUCAGUUUAAACCUGUAUUCAUCCGGCCUGUGCUCUGGCCUAGAAUCCAAACCCACUGGUCUCUGGGCAACAAAAUCAUUUGGGGCAGCAUUCAAACUGGCCAGCAGCCAGCUUAUUUUCCUUUCUGCCCUGGAGUGUGGCAGUCAGAAGCAGUCCCACAGGCUGAUUGGAAUCAUGGGAUCUUUGAAGAAAAUUUAAGAGCAAUUUCUAACUGCUGAUCACUGCAGCUCAACCAGAAAGAAAAGUGUCCUCAACAAGUCUCUCACACAAAGCCCAACUGGCUCUGGCUGCCAGCAGUCUCUAGUUUAACACCAUGGUGAAAAAAACAAACCAACUGGCAGUAGAUUUCCAUUUGCAUUUUUAUGUAAAAGAGAAAUGAGAAUUUAGCAGACCUCAAACUUACAAAUUUUAAUACUAAACUUUUAAGUAACUUUUCUCUAGUACUCCCGAUCAGGUCACAGCUUUCCACUCUUACAUAUUUUACAUAUUUCCAGACAGUUACCAAUUACUAUUUCUGUUACGUUCACUACUUGUGACUAUAAUUAUCAAUUUUCUUGUAGUCUGUAGAGAUCUAAAAAUUGUAUAUGUUUGUAUAUAGAACAUUCUAUAUAUAUAAUAUAUAUAUAUAUGUAAUGUAUAUGUUGUAUAAGUUUGUUAGUGCACACUGUUAAAUGCUUUCUAUCAAGAUUUACCAUGUAUGUGGAAAAAAAAAAAACUUUAAAAGUUCAAUAAGGGAGGAAAAACUCUUGCCUGGGUGAUUUAUUGUGAAAUGAGGGGGAGUGUGGGAUUUUCCCAAGGCUUGCCCUGAACACUGCUCAAGGCUGUGACAGGCAUGAAGCUGCAGCAUUCCCAGCAAGAAGAACAACAUCCUGGCUCUGAGAAAGACUGUAGGACUGUGACUGGCUCAAGGAAAAUCAAGGAUAUUAUGUCAGUGAAUGUUGAAAUCUUUCUGUGCUUUCACCUUUCCCACUCAGACAGCACCACCUCAAGCAAAAUCCCAAGCUUAGACUUAUCUUCAGCCUUGUAAUCCUCAGCUACACCAGGCCAGAUUGGCUGGAAAUACUAGUUCAGUGUAAAAUGCUGUUUGUUCAUUUAGAUACUUAGUUCUCUCACGUUCUUCUCGCUAGGAGCUCUGUCACAAUCACAUCCAAAACCAGUUACACAGAACUUCCAACAGCACACACACCUUUGGGUUUGACCAGAUGUUUGUAAUCAUGCUGUAGACAGACAGAGAAAAUGCAUUAAAUUAGAUUAUUUAUAAAUCUGCAGAGUUGAUUAAGUCUUCAAUGAAGUACAAGCUACUUUAUUUAUUAAUAAAAAAAUCAAAUCUAUUCCUAGAGCUUUAACUUCAGUUGCAAAUCUUGAAUUAAAAGACAUGGGAAUUGAAAUUUUGAGAAACAAGUUUUGUUUUCUAUAAUUACCUGGGGGGGGAGGGGGUUUAAGUUUUUUUACAGUUCUACAGUUCAACUAUCUACAUCAAUUAGUCAUUUCAUUCUCACAGUACCAGGAUUGGUACACAAAAAUACUCUAUUUACUACAUGUAUGGUAUAAAAUUAUCACAUAAACACUCCUCUAAAACAGUUUAUAGUGCUUUUCCAGAAUCCCUUUUACACCACAGUGCGUGCAUAAUAAUGCAGGUGGGCAUAGAAACUUUUUUUUUUUUACUCAAUAGAAAACACUGCAUCCAACCACACACCUCCUUCACAUAUAAACUGUGUGUUGUAGCUCUGGCAAAGCCCCAGUUUUUUUGUUAAUUAUGCCUCUCAAAUAGCCUGGGCCCUGCCCCAUCCAUCUUUUCCCAUAGCCCAAAGGUGAAUUCAAGCACAGCAUAUUUCAGUCUUGAAUGUUUUGUUGUCUUGGAAGGGUCUCAUAAGAGCACACUCUCUCUCUCCUGAAGGAAUGCGUGUGGCCAUUCGUAGUCAACCCUUCCUCUUAGGUGUAUAAGCAAAGUCACGUAAAUGAGUGUUUCCAUUCAUGUGUUUUGUUUUGUGACCAAAUCAACAAAUCAAACAUUGUACUUUUUUAAAUAGCAACAAAUAUUCAGAUUCAAGUGUCAAGGAAAUGCGGGCUGAGUAUGUGUGUAGGUUGUUAACGAGUUUGUUAACCUGUGUCUCAGAACAAAGGCUGAUCUGGGGUGAACCACACACUCCUGCGCUAACCAUGUCUAAUUUCCAUAGGUAUCCUAAAUCAGUAUCACAAAGCUAAGGCAUCUUAAUGUGAGGCUGUUUCAAGCCCCCAUUAAU